AUGAUAGCUGGCUGUCAGCAAGAAGGUCAAUUCAAACUGAAGCAAGUGCAGAAAGCUCUUAUUAAUGGCCUCUCCAAAAUACCUACGCAUCAGAAAAAAACGGUGUAUCUCUGUCAGCUUUUGAUAAGAAUAGCAAAAGGAAAAAACCUUGAAUGCGCAUUUCUUUCUGCACAUGUAACUCUAGAGGUUAAAGUAGGACAGACAGUAGGAAUAAGAAUAUGGAUGAAAAGGAUGACUGCCCUUGUUUCUUACAGAAGGCUAAUUUCACCUUUGGAAUCUGCUCUGUCUUUCUGGACUUUACUUGAAAGGGAAGAAAUUAAACUGGAAAAGCUUCAUGAAGAUAUUCGUCGCUUGAUUCAAAUUCAGAUUGUAGCAGUCCAUAUGGAAAAUGGAUAUUUCAAGGAGGCUGCUGAAGUUCUUGAAAGGUUAUUUACAGACUCGGAAUCAGAUAAGCCUUUAAGGGUGAAGCUGGCAACUGUAAUUAAAAGCAAGGAUCCAUAUGUUCCCCUUCUCCAAAGCUUCAGUUACAAUCUUUUGAUAAGUAAAAUCAAGUCUUACAUUGAACUUUUCAUGAAAGAAAAUGAAAGCAACUUCUUAAUACAGGCAGCCACAAAACAGGUAGAGUCUAAAGGAUUGGGAGCAACAGCAUUGCAAAACAAAACUGUGAAUGUCAAUGAAAAUGACAAAAGGAAUUUGGAAACAAAACAAAGAUCAAUGAAAGAGCAACAGAGUAUUACAAGUCAGUCACCCGGAGACAUAAAAAAUUCCACAGUAAGGCCUCACUCAGGACGGAAAUGCAGAGUGAGCAGUGUUCCUCAGAGUCUGAACAGCUUGCAAAAUGUGGAAAAACAUGGAGAUGCUUUGGCUUGUGGCCGAAGAAGACAGCGAUGGACUUACAAAGAAGACUUGGAACUGAAAUCAGGAAUAAGGGAGUUUGGAGUGGGUAACUGGGCUAAAAUUUUGGUCCAUGGUGACUUCAACAACCGAACUAGUGUCAUGUUAAAAGACCGGUGGAGAACACUGUGCAGGAUAAGAAUUAAGCUUAAGUUCUAGGUGGAAGAUUAUUUUGAACUUAUGUAUAUUGGCAUAAUAGCACUUUUUAUCUCUCAGAAGAGAUGGAAAACAUAUGGAAAGUAACAGUAUG